UUUUACUGUCAUUUGUGUUUUUACCGGACGGCGCAGCGGCUACGAGCUAUUGUCGUCGGUCAGUUCACCUAGCUCCCGUUUGACCUCCUGUUAGCUAGUUUAGCUGCAGGCGCUACAUCCAUGUGACACCGUGACUUUCUCGCAAGGCAGUCAGCUGACUGACCUGCUGCUCAUCACCUGAGGGAGGCCGAGUCACCGAUGCUUUAAUAUCAUGAGACGUGUCGAAAAGAAGGACGAAUCUGCUGUUUACCAACGGGUCGUGUUGAAGAACGCCUCGCCAUACCACUACAUGAAGGUCUGCCUUGUCCUGCAGGAUGAGUCCACCAGACUGAGUGCAUUUGAAUUCAAGCAUUUCAUCAUCACAGGCCUGAAGAGCCUGUAUGGAGAGGUGGGAGCAGCUCUGACUUUUGACCUGUUGAAGUACGAUGAAGACACCCUCACUGCUCUUCUGCGUGUUUACAGCAGGGGUUUGGUGAAGCUGUGGAGCUCCCUGACUCUGCUGGGCUCCUACCAGAACCAGGCCUGUGCCUUCAGAGUGCUGCAGGUGUCUCCGUUCCUGCUGGCGCUGACAGGAAACAGCCGAGAGCUGCAGCUGGACUGAAGGAAGUGGAGCAGCAUCGUUUUCCUCAGGAUGAGUUUCAUAUGGAGGAGUGUCUUUA